UAAUCAUCUUCAGCUUGUCCAAACUGACAUUAUUUUUGAUUGUUCUCUAUUGAUUUUUUGAUUAUAAUCUUUUCCUGUUUGGUUUAGUCGAUAUAUUUUUAAUUGUUUCGAAAAAAUAAUUCUUUUAUCUGAUUCCUUUAGAUCAAGUAUCAGUGCUAUAGUUAAAUAAUGAUUAAAAUAACACUUAAGAUAUCGACUAUAAUACAAAUACGUCACUAAAAGAAAUUAAUGUACGGUUUUUGAUUAGGACAAUAUUUGAUUAUUUAGUGUAACUUAUACUAUUGAUAGUAAAUAGUUGCCUGAAAGUCUAAAAUGAAGAUUUCUCUCGAUUAUGUAGUGUUCUAUUUAGUGUUUUUAGUGUCCAAAGUGAAUAGUAUUACCGAUAUUGAUGUUCCUAGCUUUCAAAACGUGUUAGAAUCUGUUAAAAGUAGCAAUAAUGACUUGAAGGUGAAUUUAAGAUGUUAUGAACAGUUGGUAUAUUUGGCAGAUCAUCCUGAGGAUGCUCUUAAAAUGGCUGAUGCAUGGUCCAAGGUGCACUCUGGAUUGCUGGUAGCAUCCAGUAUAGACCUAGGUGACUGGGAUGAAUGUAUGAGCAUUGAUAUCAACCAAGAAAACGGUUUUAAACUGUUAGGUAAACACUGUGUUGGUGGUUUAAUACUGCUAAUCAACGAAACACUAUUAGCUCAAUCGAUCUGUAUUCCCAACGAAUGCACUGCAGAAGAUUUAAUAAAUUUAACAAGUAUACCCACAUUUUAUGAUGACAAAUGUUCAUUGAAUACAGAUAAUACAACUUUAGAUAAAGGAGCUAUUAUUAGUUUGUUGAUUUUUUGCUCAAUAGGACAUCUAAUACUUCUCUCCACAAUCUAUGAUGUAUAUCUGUAUCUGAAAAAUUCCAAACCAUAUCACUCUAUUUUGGUGGCAUUUUCUCUAUACACUAACGGUAAAAAGCUGUUCAAAACAACCAAGCAUGCUCACCAACAAAUUCUGUGUUUUCACGGUAUCAAGGGUAUCAGCAUGAUGUGGAUUAUUGCAGGACACGGAGCUGUAGGCUUAACAGAACUGCCCUUGUUCAAUGUGGCAAUGGGAAAAAAUUGGAUGUACUAUGGAUAUUCACACUACAUUACGUCAGCUCACUUGGCUGUAGACUCGUUUUUCUUUAUAUCUGGAUUUUUGCUGGCUUAUUCGUAUUUUAAAGGCCAGUAUAAAAAAUCAGUAUUAGGGCAGAUUUCUUCAGUGCCUCAUAUGAUACUUCAUAGAUAUUUAAGGUUAACUCCUGCCCUUUUGAUGCUUUUUCUCUACGUGGCAUUCCUUAGUCGUUACGUAGGAGAGGGCCCUGUAUUUAAUUAUAACUUAAAAUCAUUGAAUAUACCCUGUCACAAAUACUGGUGGUCCUUAUUCUUGUACGUUCAAAAUUAUUACAACAGAGAGGAAUUGUGUAUGACGCAGCUAUGGUACGUAUCUGCCGAUAUGCAACUCUACCUAAUAGCACCUCUGAUUUUAAUUCCCAUAGCUGUCAUUUACAAGAAAAGUCCCAAGAUUGCAUUCAUAAGCAUGCUAGUAUUGGAUGCUUUGUUUGUAGCCGCCGCGAUAUAUGUUAAACUCCAAUUUAAGGAUUAUGACCCAAAUUUGGAUGAAUAUGACACUCAUUCAAGACUAGGCGACUACUUCAUAGGUUUCACAUUCGGUAUAUUCGUCAGACACAACAGACAAAACUUCAAGAAACUACCAGAAAGACUCAACUUCAUGAUUUGGUGUGUAGUACUAGUAAUUAUGUACCUUUGCGUAUAUUUGUACCACAUGAGCUUCAGAUCGACACAUUACAACGACAGAGCUAUCGGAUUUUGUUUGACCAGAACAUUCUGGUGUAUAUGUCUGUGCUGGUUGGUUUUUAGCUGCCUUAAUGGACAAGGAGGAAUAAUAAACUGGAUUUUAUCAAAUGGGUUCAUGCAGGUGCUUGGAAAGCUGACAUAUUGUCUUUAUCUUGUACACGGGAGCGUUAUGGUACCGUACUAUUUAUCAGUUAGGGGUCUCACCUAUCUUUCUGAUUAUAAUGCUUUUUACCUAUGGUGUGGCCAUUUUCUGACAAGCUUAUUGGUUGGUACUCUAUGGUCAUUAUCGUUUGAAUCCCCAAUGAUAACGUUAGAAAAAAUUAUAUUUUCAAACAAGACCAGUAAACCUGCGAAAAAUGAAGAAACAGAACAUCAUCAAAACAAUAUUGCCUAAAGAUAAAUAAAAACAUUCAUAAGAAAUAUAUAAAGAAUAUCUGAAACCGAAGAUAUUAUAAGCUAUAUUCGAUGCGCGAUUUUUAUAUUCAUUGUUGCCAGCUAGGGAAUGCAAUCCCGCACCAAAAUAUCAAUCCCGCAAACGGGUCAUACGUAUGACUAAAAAUGCAUAUUUUUCGAAAAAACGUCGUAUUUUCCUUAAAACAAAACAAAAAAAACCGAUCAAUUUUUUUUUUCUAUUUUCAAUACAGAUUCGUCGUACUUGGUAAAAAUUUCGAUUUUUUAAAACUCGUAUAUUUGCGGUAAAAAAGAUUCUUUGCCAAAUUUUCACUCUCUUAUAAAACACCCUGUAUAAGAGAAUUCGCUAAAUAUAUUUUCGAAAACCACAUCAGCAUCUUCAUCACAAUAAAUGCAUCUAAAACCUGGUCCAACUCGUCGGCCCGGAAUGUAGUAAGUAAUGUGUCAAUCAUGCGGAUCCCGCAAGAUAAAUCCCCCAACUUCGAUCCCGCGGAAUCUCAGAGGGAUCGCGCAUUUGCGGGAUUGCAUUCCCUAUAUGUAACAGAGAGGACCAAUAGAACUUGACUCAAAUAGUUUUAUCAAUAAUAAUAAAGAUGAAUUUAUAAUUAUACUUAUUUUAUUGUUGUUAAGUUGUAGGCACAACAAAAAUAUAAGAUGUUUUGUUAUGUAUAGUUGUGAGGAUGUUAUGUUUGUAGUGUACAUAUAUUUAUUUUUUUAAUGUUAAUGUUUUUAAUAUAAAAAAACU